UCACGUUGAGUGUUUGCUGCGUAGGCAGCAAAGUUAGCCGGUAUAUCUGUGAAUGUUCACACGCUUCUAGUCCCCCAAACAGAGCUCUGAUAUAAACUUGUGAUGUCUUGGCUCAAAGCUAUGCCGUCAGGUGGUGAAGAUGUGUUCGACGAGAACGCGGAUGAGCUUAYUUUACAAAGUAAAGAGUGGACAUCCAACAUGAAGAAACGCGUCAGGGACGGGUACGUGGACGGAGUUGGUGACGGUGAGGAGGCCUCUCUUCAGGUCGGCUUUAACCAGGGCUUUAAAGAAGGAGCGGCUCAGACAGUGGCUGUGGGUCGACUCAAAGGAAUCAUCAGCGCUGUGUGGUGCUGGUGCCAGAUCCAUCAUCCAGACAAAGCCGUCCCAGCCUCUGUGACCCACCUCCUGCAGCAGGUAACGCAACACGAAGACCAAAUCAUGAACAGCAUCAUGCGGACUUUGAAGAAUCCUCCUCCGAGUGUGAACGACGUCUGGGAGAGCAUGGAGGAUCUGGAGGUGGAACAGGCAAAUCCAAAUCCAGGUUGCGGUGGAGAGAGUUGCAACAAGCCGGACUGCUGCAGGAGCGGACAGAAAAUGGACAUGGACGGUCCUCAACAGCCGCAAACUCUUUUCUCAGAGUCCAGUGACUGCUCCUCGGACCCACGUGGAGGUCUAGACCUGCUGCUGCAGCGUUGUGUGGACAUAGUGUCAGAGCUGGGACUGCCACAGGAGCUGGCUGGUCACAUCCAGGAGCUGAGGAACCUCCAGUGAUCAGACUAUUGCAGCUAAUAUCGCCCACAACAUGACUUUAACUGUGGCUCAAACAAGAUUUAGGAACAUAGAAAAAAAAUUGAUGUAUAUAUUGUAAAAUAUUUUGUAUUUACAGUUUCAGGAGAUUUUAUUUUUAUUUUU